GUAGUUUACUGCAGCGACGGAGAAACAAGGGCACCCUGAGGAUUGACUUUUCAAGACUGAUCUUACCUGAGAAUGAAGCCAGGUGGAGGAAGGAAAAAAGAGGCAUCCAGAAUGGCUCUUUCCCAGGAACUGUUGACAUUCAGAGAUGUGGCCAUAGAAUUCUCUCAGGAGGAGUGGGAAUGCCUGGACCCUGCUCAGAGGGCUUUGUAUAAGGACGUGAUGUUGGAGAACUACAGGAACCUGAUCUCCCUGGAUAUCUCAUAUAGAUGUAUGCUCCAGGAAUUAUCACCAAAUGAGAACAUUAUUAAAGAAGAAUUAUUCCCAGCAGUGAUGUUUGAAGGGCAUGAAAGCCAUGGUAUAGAGAAUUUUGACUGUGGUGAAGGCCUAGAAUAUAUGCAUGAAUUUGAGAGUCAAUGGGGAUAUAAAGAAAGAAAUUAUGAAGGAGUGACUACAUCCCAUAAAAACAGCCUAACUGGUAGAAAUGACCAACAACAUAACAAAUCCUGGGAGAAUUUUCCUGUAAAGCAGAGUGUUCCUGUAAGAAAAAGUUCAUGUCAGUAUUACAAAUAUGAGAAUCAGUUUAUGAGGAAUUUAUUAAAACUAAAAAAUACCACAGGCCAUGGAGAAAAGUAUAUGAAAUAUUUUGAAAAUAGAAUUGGAUUAAGCUUUCGGUCAGAUUGGGCUGAACUGCAGAGAUUUCAAACUGAAGAGAAAAUUUAUGGAUGCAGUCAAGUUGAGAAGUCUGUCAACAAUGGUUGCCCAGUUUCAUCAGUUCAAAGAAUUUCUCCUAGUGUCGAAUUCACUAUUUGCAAUAAAUGUGGGGGGGAUUUUAAGGAUCCUUCAUUGCUUACACAACACCAGAAAACACACUUUAGAGAAAAAUCUUACAAACGUAGUGAACAUGGGAAGCCUUUCAACCAAAGCUCAAGUCUCACUAAGCAUCAGAGAGUUCAUUCUGGGCCAAAACCUCCUGUAUGUAAUGAGUGUGGCAAAGCUUUUAAUUCCCUCUCAAACUUGAUUAAGCAUAAGAAAACCCAUACUGGAGAGAAACCAUAUACAUGUAAUGUAUGUGGCAAGGCUUUUAGGCUCCGAUCUUACCUGAGGAUUCAUCAAAGAAUUCAUAUUGGAGAAAAACCUUAUAAAUGUAAUGAGUGUGAUAAGGCUUUUAUCAGACGUUCACAACUUCUGGGUCAUGAGAGAAUUCAUACUGGAGAGAAACCUUACAAAUGUAAUGAGUGUGGCAAAGCUUUUACCCUGCAUUAUUCCCUUACUCGACAUCAGAGACUCCAUAAUGAAGUGAGUCUUUACAAAUGUAAUGAAUGUGGUAGGGCUUUUGUCACUCCUUCAUACCUUUGGUGUCAUGAGAAAAUUCACACUGGUGAGAAACCAUACAAAUGUAUUGAGUGUGGCAAGGCCUUUAGGCAACAGUAUGAACUCAGGAUACACCAAAGAGUUCAUACUGGUGAGAAACCAUAUAAAUGUGUUGUAUGUACCAAGGCCUUUAGGCAGCGGUAUGAUCUCCGGAUUCACCAAAGAAUUCAUACUGGAGAGAAACCCUACAAAUGUAAUGAAUGUGGCAAGGCCUUUACCUAUUUUUCACACCUUACUAGACAUAAGAAAAUAUUUGCUGAAAAGGGGCAUUGUAAAUAUAAUAUAUCUGUCAGUGCUUUUAUCCAAAGCUCAAACCUUGGGGGUCAUGAAAUAAUUUCUAGUAAAGAGAAAACUCACAAAUGUAAUGAGUGUGGCAAAGACUUUAAUUCCGUCUCAGACUUCAUUAAACAUAAGAGAAUUCAUACCAGGGAGAAACCAUAUGCAUGUAAUGUAUGUAGCAGGGCUUUUAGGUGCCUCUCUGAAAUCAGGACUCACCAAAGAAUUCAUACUGGAGAAAAACCUUACAAAUGUAAUGAGUGUGGUAAGGCUUUUAUCAGACGUUCUCACCUUUGGAGCCAUGAGAGAAUUCAUACUGGAGAGAAGCCUUACAAAUGUAAUGAGUGUGGCAAAGCCUUUAGCCAUCUUUCAAACCUUACUAGACAUCGAAAAAUACAUACUGAAAAGGAACAUUGUAAAUCUAAUAUAUCUGUCAGUUCUUUUACCCACAGCUCAAACUUUGAGUAUCAUCAGAUAAUUCAUAGUAAAGAGACACCUCACAAAUGUAAUGAGUGUGGCAAAGACUUUAGUUCCUUCUCAGACUUCAUUAAACAUAAGAGAAUUCAUACUGGAGAAAAACUGUAUACAUGUAGUGUACGUCACAAGGUCUUUACUGGAAAUUCAUACCUCAAGACUCACCAGAGAAUUCAUACUGGAGAAAAACCUUACAAAUGUAAUGAGUGUGGUAAGGCUUUUAUCACACGCUCACAUCUUUUGGGUCAUGAGAGAAUUCAUACUGGAGAGAAGCUAUACAAAUGUAAUGAGUGUGGCAAAGCCUUUAGCCAUCUUUCGAGCCUUGCUAGACAUCAGAAAAUACAUACUAAAAAGGAACUUUGUAAAUCUAAUAUAUCUGUCAAUGCUUUUAUCCAAAGCUAAAACACUGGGAAUCGUCAGGUGAUUUGUAGCAAAGAGAAACCUUACAGAUACAAUGAGUGUGGCAAAUGCUUUACCAUACAUUCAAGCCUUUUUAAUCAUAAGAGAAGUCAUACUAGAGAGAAACCUUACAAAUGUAGCAAAACAUUUACCCAUUUUGCAAACCUUACUAAACAUCACAAAACGCAUAAUGAAAUGGAAUAUUGUAAAUGUAGUAUAUGUGUCACUGCUUUUACCCAAAACUCAAGCCUUGGGGAUAAGAUUCAUACUGGAGGGAAACCUUACAAAUGAGUGUUUUUUAAUCAAAUGUUCACACCUUUGGAUGCAUACUACAGAGAAUCAUUUCAAGUGAUGACACUCACUAGAGUGUCAUAAAUCAUUUAUCUAGUUUUCACAAUGGACUACACAUCAGAGAAUUCAUAGUACAGAGAACUAAGCGUCUAGUCAUUGAAGAUUAAUCAGCUUCAUGUGAUAAAUUCUGCAGUGUAAUUACGUCAGUGUUAUUUAAAAUUUAUGAGAUGAUAGGUGACAAAAUCACAAGGACAUCUGUAGAAAGGUCCAAAUAUUUUCAGUUUAGACAAUAUUUUUAUUCAACUAUUUCAGAGUUCUUGAAAAGGCUUUAUUUUGUUGACUUUCAGCAUGAUGUUUAGAACCUUUAUCACAGGUCUUUCAUGUGUCGAUGUGAUGGUCUCUGGGAUGGGACUAGUAAGGACGUUGAAUUUAAGAUACGGUGUAAAUUUGAAUGAGAAAAUGGAAAGACCUGGAGGAUAGACAAAAAAACUGUUCUAAAAUCAUUACAAUAAAUGUCUUCAGGUCCCUCUUCUCCAGAUUUGUUGGUACAAGAGAGGGUUACUGUCAGUUACAGAAGAGGAUUGUUCUACUGGGUGACCAGGAAACAAGAGCAGGCUAAGAGAAUUGAGAGACAGAUUUUCUUCAGAACAGAAUGAUAGUUUACUAGCUACUACUAAUGUGGUAGUAAUAAUGGAGAAGAAAUGGUCUCCCUCUCCUUUGAAAGGAAUAAUAUGUUUCCCCCUGCCUGGCACCCUCACUGGAAUCAUAUGAAGAGAUGACUGUGAAUUUCCCUUAAGAAUGAGCAUACACAAUGUGGAUAAACUAGGAACUUCGUAUCUUUAUUCCCCCAAAACAUUUUCCUUUAACUUGUGAUCACUCCAGGGACAAAAUUCGGUUUGGAUGUUAAGAAUGAUGAUGCCACAUACCAAAGGGGUAUGAGAAUGUGUAUUAUAUGUGAGCUGGGCAGGCUUAACAAGCUGGUAUGAAAUGGCUGGAGAGAUCAGGGAUACAAGCCUGGCUUGUGUUUUAUGGUGGUUAGGAGGUGGGACCGGGGUGAGAGUACCUGUAUGUAGUUUUAACUUCCUACUGGCACUAAGAGGGAGGGAGUUUUUUUAUCAGCUUGCCCCAUGGUGGGGCAGAUGGAGAAGAGGAAGGGGCUCAGCCUUAAAAGCUGUCAGUAGUCAAACACCAAAAAGUGGAGUCAGAUUCUCUACUACAAUACUGAAUGUCUUGAAGCUCUACAGUUUCCUUCAUGCUAAUAUCUUGCUAGGAGUCCCUGGGUGGCAGAAACAUUUAAGCACUUGACUACUAACUGAAAUGUUGGCAAUUCAAUUCCACCCAGAGUCAAGGCCUGACGACUGAGUUUCAAAAGGUUACAGCCAUUGAAAACCCUAUGGAGCACAGUUCUACUCUGAAUCACAUGGAGUCACUAUGAGUAGGAAUUGACUUGAUGGCAACUGGUUUGGUUUUUAAUAUCUUCUUACAUGCCCUUUCCUGCUGCAAACAUAGGACCCUUUGUGCAAUAUGAUUUUUGGAAGUGCUUGUGGAAUCUAUAUAGAUAAAAUGCCUAAUGUUUUUACAUCAGCUUCACGAAAACUAUUGUAUAGAAGUGCUUAUCAGACAAUAAAUAUAAUUUUACGUAAAGAGCAAAUUUGCAAAGGCUUAAAAAUAUCAACUUGAAGUUACAGUAUUAAGCAAUAUGUUAAAUGAUUUUUUCAACUAAAAUUCCUUUUCUUAAUAUAAAAUUUAUCUUGUUAUUUUUAACCCACACAUUUUAAACCAAUUUAUAUGUUUAAUUUACAUUUCUUUUCUGUGUGUUACUCCAGUGAAAAAUUUAGAGGCUACAUAAAUUGAAGGGCUUUUCUGAGUCUUUUGUGAUGUGAAAAUAAACAUAGGGCAAUGAAAGGUACAAAGUAGGUUCUGUAUAAACAUGAGGAAGCGUGUCACUUUGUUUAGUUCAGUGAGAAAACUGGAAUGGUACGAGGUGAUGCACUGAAAUCGAAUGUGGAGGUAGGAGACCUUUGCUACCCUGCAAAUCUCAUGCUAGGAUCUAGGGAACACAGUAUGUUCCUUUCGUAUCUGUACAAAAAUCUGUUCCCCUUUUUGCCAUUUUCAUUGCCAUCAUCGUUAUCUCUUGCCUCCAUUACUGCAAC